GAAAGUGAAAACAAACACAACUGUAAUAUUGAGUGCAAUGAUGACAAUCAGACCACUCAUACGACACCAAUGAAUGCCAUUUGAAAUGAGUUUUGGUUUUGUUUUGUUAAUUCAUUGCAUUAUUUAGUUAUUCAUUAUAUUUUCAUUUCAAUCACUGAACACAACACAUUCACCCCUUCAUUGUCUGUCAUAUGUUUGCCAUUCACUGCAACACCACUUAUUUGAAUCAAUCAACAAAUCAACCAUUUUUUGUGGUUUGAGUCCAAUUGGCGGCCAAGAGUUGUCUGCCAUUCAGCCGAGUGUUUGUCAUUUGAUUUCAUAUUUAAUAUAUAAAUAAUUGUCAAACAAUUAAGUGAUGUCACGACAGGCCGUUAUUGUCAACGUAUAUGAUAUGGCUUCAAUAAACCAAUACUCGUCUUCACUGGGGAUUGGGAUCUACCACUCAGGGGUCCAGAUCUAUGAGACAGAGUUUGGAUACGGAGGUCACCCGUUCAGUCUGUCGGGAGUCUUCGAGAUUGAGCCCAAAGACGUGGAAUCGCUGGGAGAAGACAACUUCAAGUUCAAAGAGUCAGUACUCAUCGGUUACACAGACUUCAGCCGAGAAGAUAUCAACGAAAUAAUCGAAGAANUUUGAAAUUGAUUACAA